ACAAUCAUCAUCAUCAUCAACCCACCUCUCUCUCUCUCUCUCUCUCUCUCUCUCUCUCUCUCAGAGAAGGUAUUGUAGAUCAAGAUUCAUUAUUGUUCUGAACUUGAGUUGAGUUGCGUUGCUGCUGUCCCUUUUGCUUUCUUGAUUGAAUGUCAUGUUUUUUUGUGUUCUUCUUCUUCUUGUUCUUGAUUUCAUUACAAAAAAGGUAAAGAACCAUACCCCUUUUCGUGCUUUUUACCUCCCUCAAUUUCAUCUCAACCAUACCUCUUUUUCAUUCUUCAGAUAUUAUUAAUCCACCUUUAAUUUGCUGCUGUCAAUUUCCCUUUUGCUAAUCCGCUCCUCUUUCUUGAUUUUUCAUUUUUCACGGAGGUUUCUAGAUUCUUCUUUCAUUUUAGAGUGAGAGAGAGCGAACAGAACAGAACAGAAAAAGGAAAAAAAAAAGUAGUAGCAUUAGGGUUCUUUUUAAGAUUCUUUUUCUCUCUCUCUCUAACAGAUUAUUAAGAUUUUUAAUUCGAGUUUUUGAUGAAUUGGGGGAGAUGGAGAUUCUGUCUUCUUCCCACUCCCCGACUUCUUAUUUUGCCUAUCCGAUGAUCUUUUCCGGCGGCGGCGGCGGCCGGAGAUGGACUGCGGCGGAGAACAAGGCGUUCGAGAAUGCUCUGGCAUUGUUCGACGAGACCACGCCGGACCGGUGGCAGCGCGUGGCGGCGAUGGUCCCCGGAAAGACCGUCGCCGACGUCAUCCGGCAGUACAAAGAAUUGGAGGAUGACGUCAGCAGUAUUGAGGCUGGAUUGAUACCAAUUCCCGGCUACGCUUCCACCGCCGCCUCGCCUUUCACAUUGGAUUGGGGCGGCACCGGGAAUAGCGGCGGCGGCGGGAGAUACGGUUAUAAGGCGGCGGCGUGCGGCCGGAGAACAACGCCGGCGGCGGCGGGGGAACAUGAAAGGAAAAAAGGUGUCCCUUGGACCGAAGAAGAGCAUAGAUUGUUUCUAAUGGGACUAAAGAAGUACGGAAAAGGUGAUUGGAGGAACAUAUCGCGGAACUUUGUGAUCACCCGGACGCCGACGCAAGUGGCUAGCCACGCUCAAAAAUACUUCAUCCGACAGCUGUCCGGCGCCAAAGACAAGAGACGAGCAAGCAUUCACGACAUCACCACAAUGAGCCUUGACGACAACGACAACAGCAGCAAUCCUUCCUUGGACAACAUAGGACUAUCCUCACCAGCCGUUCCAAAACUUCCUUUCCAAUGGAGCAACGGAAGCCCCCGCGACAACAUCUACGCCCCGCCACAAGCCGGCGAGGCUCAAACGGAGAAUGGAUCCGACGCGCCGCCAAUCGAAUCAGGCUUUAACUAUAUAUGAUCAUCUCUGUUUCAUGUCUGUUUUGGUCUGAAAAUUGUAUCCUGUGGUUUUUGUAUUGUCUUAACUUCGUGAAUAUGUUUUUGUUGAAAUGAAAUCUUGUGGCCAAAUUUGAUGUAAGAACAUUUUUUUUUUUUAAGGGUUACUUCUAACAUACAUUG